UUCAAGGCGAUGGACUACGUUUAUGAUGAUGAUCUUGAUGAACUGUGUCCAGUGUGUGGAGACAAAGUAUCCGGUUAUCAUUAUGGACUAUUGACCUGCGAAAGUUGCAAGGGAUUUUUCAAGAGGACUGUGCAGAACAGUAAGCGCUACACUUGUACUGAGAAUCAGAACUGCAAAAUCGACAAAACCCAGAGGAAGCGAUGCCCCUACUGCAGAUUUCAGAAGUGCCUGACCGUGGGCAUGAGAUUAGAAGCCGUCCGUGCUGACAGAAUGAGAGGGGGAAGAAACAAAUUCGGACCCAUGUACAAACGAGACCGGGCCUUAAAACAGCAAAAGAAAGCACUGAUCCGGGCAAACAGCUUCAAGCUAGAGACCAUGCCUCAAAUGGUGUCGUCAGUGCAGAACGAGUAUUCACUCUCGACCACUGUACACAAUGUACAUUCUAUUUCCAAAGGCAUUCCUCCUAACCCGGCCAUUCUACCAGUGACAGGUUAUGAGAGAAACCUCUAUGGCUCUCCAUCAGUAGGCAUGUCUAUGCCCAGCCAUGGGACACCACCGAGCUACCAGUACCCCACGUUCCAUAACCGAACGAUCAAGUCUGAGUACCCAGACCACUAUGCAAGUUCUCCAGAGUCUCUUGUUGGCUACCCAUACCCAGACACCUACCAGACCAGCUCUCCCUCUACCAUACCACAGCUGAUCAUGGAACUCCUGCGGUGCGAGCCCGAUGAACCUCAAGUUCAGGCUAAGAUCUUGGCCCAUCUACAGCAGGAACAGGUCAACAGAGGCAAACACGAGAAACUUAGCACCUUUGGCCUGAUGUGCAAAAUGGCCGACCAAACCCUCUUCUCCAUAGUCGAAUGGGCACGGAGUUGCAUAUUCUUCAGAGAACUCAAGGUGGACGACCAGAUGAAGCUGCUGCAGAACUGCUGGAGUGACCUGUUGGUACUGGACCACAUCUGGAGACAGGUCUACCAUGGGAAGGAGAACAGCAUCCUUCUGGUGACUGCACAAGAGGUUGAGCUGUCCACAAUUGCCAACCAGGCGGGUUCGACCCUCAUCAACCUGGUGCUGCGGGCACAGGAGCUGUCGGCAAAGCUGCAGACACUACAGUUCGAUCGGAGGGACAUGGUCUGCUUCAAGUUCCUCCUCCUCUUCAGUCCCGAUGUAAAGGUUCUGGAAAACCGGCACUUGAUCGAGAGCGUUCAGGAGCAGGUACACGCCGCUCUCCUCGACUACGCCAUGUGCAACUACCCCCAGCACGGAGAAAAGUUUGGACAGCUGUUGCUGCGGUUACCGGAAAUCCAUGCCAUCAGUAAGCAGGCAGAAGAAUACCUGUACUAUAAACACCUAGGUGGUGAGGUACCAUGCAACAACCUGCUGAUCGAGAUGCUUCAUGCCAAGCGAGCUUAGAACCAAACCUUGAUCUCCAGACUCCCAAAGGCAGGUCGUGGAUUCCAUUUUAUAUAUAUAAAUAUAUAUUAUAUUACUUUAUAUUAUUACUAAAAUCACUGUAAUUUGAUAGUAAUAAAAUGAUUUUUAAGUAUACAGGACCUAUGUAAUCUUGGAAUACCUGAGAAGAAUAUUUUCAGAUGUUGACCAUGUUUUUCCUAUCCUUGUAAAAAUGUUGGCUUUAUUUUGGUAAACCAAUCUUCAACGGGGCUGCGAAACUGCCAGCGUGUAAAGAAUGGAGUUUACAUGGAGUUGAGCAGCGUAACGGGCACUU